UCAUGCCAAGGUCGGCCAAGCUGUUACCCCACGCGGUCGGCGGGGCGAAUGCUGCAUGCUCAGUCCGAAGCAUAUUAGUUGGUCGUCAAAGCCGAACAGCAGCCAAACGAAUGUGUUGCAGAACUUCCCUCUGGCGUCGGCAUUUGCAGUGUAACUCUGGAGACAUCGUUGCCAGUCCAGCCUGAGUGUCUCGCGCAGUGUGCUGCCGCAAUGGUGAUCAACCGGAGUCAAAAAUACGGUCUGGCAGUGCUGCCC